AUGAAAUCGUUUAGAUUCCUAGCGAUCUCGACACGAGGCUUUGCUAGCAAACCCGUUGUCGACUGGACCCGCCCGGGUAACGUGUUGAGUUUGGAGCAGAAGCAGUUCUACAAGAAAAAUGGGUUUCUUCUUGUUAGAAAUUGUGUGGCUAGAGAGGAUUUGAAAAAGUAUGAAGAUCGUUUUAAUGCGAUUUGCGAGAGAAAAGUGAAGCCACCAGCGAGCAUGUUGGUCAUGAAAGAUGUGUCGAUUGCGAAAAAAGUCACACCUGACAGCAUCGACACAAUCACAAAAGUGCAAGAUUUCGCCGAAGAGCCAGUGCUCUUCUCCUACUGUGAGCAUCCUCAUGUGACCAACGUCGUGCGUGACCUCAUCGGAAGUUCUCCGGCGACUCGUAUCCAAGCAAUGCACACAAUGCUGAUCAACAAGCCACCAGACACUGGAAAACAAACGUCCCGUCAUCCGAUGCAUCAGGAUUUGAUCUACUUUCCAUGGCGUCCCGAGGAUUUGACAAUUUGUGCGUGGACCGCGAUGGAGAAGAUCAACAAAAAGAACGGAUGUCUCCAAGUGGUUCCUGGUUCCCAAACCGAAGGCCUCAAAGCCCACGGAUAUCCAGAUUGGGAGGGCGGAGUCAACAAGGCUUACUACGCAAUCAAAGACUACGAUAUGUCUCUGCCACGUGAAUACGUAGAAAUGGAAGCAGGGGAUACUGUAUUCUUCCAUCCGAACUUGUUCCAUGGAUCCGGUACGAAUAGAUCGGACGGUUUCAGAAAAGCCAUCUCGUGUCACUACGCGAAUUAUGAUCAUACCAAAUAUAUCGACGUGAAGGGGACUGUUCAAGAGGAAACCGCCGACCAAAUCGUCGACAUCAUCCGCAAACACCCUCAGCGAUAUUCUGUGAAACCAGGCCAAGAGGUCACUUUUGAACUCUCUUGGCGUCUUCGUUCCCGCUCUGUUCAUCACGACGGAAAGGAGAAUCUUUAA